AUGCAUUUUCCUCGUCUCCAACGGACGGAGGCAGCCUUUCUGCUGGCUCUGCUCAUGUUGCCACUGCCAGUGGCCUCGAUGCUGGACUGCAAGCAUAUUCUGGUGGAUGAUGUCGCGUUCAACCUUGGGGCACUAGGCGGGCCGCACAGCGUCGUGACCAGCAGAUGGCACCCUCCUACCUUCACCAACACUUCCUACACUGUCGACAUCUGCGCUCCCCUCAAACGAAAGGGAGAUGUCAAAAAGGACGAGCAAUUCUGUGCCAUCGAGCGCACCAUUCACCCGGGCCCGGAUAACAAGGACGAGGUUGAGAAGGUGAUACCUAUUGCUGGCGAGCUGGGCGAUCACGGGGGAAGGGCUUUGGACGCCAAGCCCGAGCGGCUCAAGUCGAGCGACUCCCACUCGGAUGCGAAGAAGGAGGGCGUUCGGCUUAUUCUCAACGGCGGAUCUUAUCCACUGGGUAGGAGCGGCAGAAACCAGAAGGCCAUUAUCGAAUUCAUUUGCGACCACGAUAAGUCUGGCCUCGAAGGCGAGUUCAAGCCCGAGGACCAGUACGACGGCAGCCAAUUCCGAGCCCGCGAAGAGGACAAGGAUGGCAAAGACGAGGACGGGCCCUCACCAGUUGAGAAGCAACUUCUGAUGCCCAACGCCUCCCUGAUCUGGAACAGCUACGGCCCGAGCGAAAAGGAAGACGUGGACGUUCUGAGGUUGACCUGGUACACCAAGUAUGCCUGUGAGGACGCGUUCGGAAAGCCGCCCAGCGAAGGUGGCAGCGGCGACGCGAGCAGCCACUGGGGCUUCUUCACCUGGUUUUUUGUUUUGAGCUUUCUCGGCAUCGCGGCGUACCUUGUCUUUGGCUCCUGGCUGAACUACAACAGAUACGGCGCUAGGGGCUGGGAUCUUCUGCCGCACGGAGACACGAUCCGCGACAUCCCCUAUCUGGUGAAGGACUGGACCCGUAGCGUGCUCAACACUGUCAACGGUAGUGGCAGCCGGGGCGGGUACAGCGCUGUUUAG